AUGAAGCUCAUCAUUGCAACGAUUCUGCUACUGCGAUUUUCUCUGUGUCUUACAAAAGGACAUACUCGUUCGAGUCCUGCAAUUGUUACGCCGUUGGGUCUAAUCAUAGGACGCUACAGUAUUUCGAGUGGAAACCGUUCGUAUGCAGCCUACGAAGGUGUACCUUACGCAGAGCCACCAAUGGGAGAGUUGAGAUUCAAGAUCGCAAAACCAGUCUUGCCAUGGGGUGACGCUUUGAUAGCGAAUCAAGUCAGUUCAACUUGUAUGCAAUACAGUCUUAUGACACAACUGAUGGGUCCAAGCGGAAUGACCCAAUCGGAGGAUUGUCUAUAUCUCAAUAUCUACACCCCGGUUAUGAAAUCCACAAACUCAGGCAAGCCGCUACCCGUGAUAUUCUUCAUUCCUGGAGGCGCGUUUAGAUCCGGAAGCGGCGGAAUGUACGGACCCCAAUACUUGCUGGACAGAGACGUCGUGCUAGUCACGGUUAAUUACAGACUCGGACCACUAGGAUUCCUGAGUACGGAGGACGACACGGUGCCCGGGAACCUCGGACUCAAGGAUCAAGUAGUCGCGCUUCGAUGGGUCCAGGAUUACAUCAAGUACUUCGGGGGGAAUCGAAAGAGCGUAACGAUCGUCGGGCAAAGUGCAGGAGGUGUCAGUGUCCACUAUCACUACCUGACGAACGUCACCAAAGGCUUGUUUCACAGAGGAAUUUCGAUUAGCGGUACUGCCUUGAACAGCUGGGGUCAGACCAAAGGAUCACUUGAGAAGGCCAAGAAGUUAGCCACAAUAUUAAAAUGUCCAGACGGAGACGUCAAGCUCAUGGUGAAAUGUCUGAGAACUCGAAAUGCGAGCGACAUCGUCAGUGCAACCAGCCAAUUUCAGGGAUGGUUAGACAACCCUUUCGUCCCUUUCGGUCCAGUGGUUGAAAAGGGGAUCGCGAAUGACGAAUUUACUUUCAUCGAUCGUCCGCCCAUCGAAUCACUCAAGGCCAAGAGAGUUCAGGAUCUACCCUGGAUCACAAGCGUGGUUAGCGAAGAUGGCCUCUUUCCGGCAGCCUUACUCACGGCAAACAAAAUGCAACUGAAAGAUCUGAAUGAUAAAUGGGAAACGAUCGCGCCCUAUUUACUCGAUUUCAAUUACACCAUUCCAACGGCUGACCAAGCCCAGGUCGCAAAAUCGAUACGGAAAUAUUACUUCGAAGACAAAGAGAUCAGCAAUUCGACGUUUGGCAGGAUCAUAAAAAUGCGCAGUGAUCGUUUGUACCUCUAUCAUGCCGAAGAAUCUGCGAGAUUACAAGCAAAAGUUACCAAAAGCCCAGUUCGAUUUUACUACUUCUCGUACAGAGGAGAGCACAGCGUAACCGAAGCUCUUACCGGCAAACGAACUAACUUUGGAGUCAGCCACCUUGAUGACUUGGGAUACGUACUGUACACGUUUUUCAACGCAACGACAACGCCUAAUGACCGAAGCAUGCAAGAAAGGCUGAUCAACAUUUGGAUGUCUUUUGCAACUACUGGGACGCCCGACGUAGGACAGAAUUGGGACAGAGUGGAAAGGAACACGGAGAGGCUACGGUACCUUCACAUCGCAAAGCCCGAUGCUUUAUAUAUGGCCGGACAGGCGAAUUUUGGCGAGAAGAAAUUUUGGCACUCCCUCGGUUUUCAGGAAAAUCAUGACUUGAAGCAACGCAUUCCUCAGGAUGAUUAUUACAAUUAUGUUCUACAUGCUCAGUCUCGGAAAGAUGUGACUGAUAUUGCGUUUAACGACGUUUAA